GGAACUGCUGGAAUUCCAGGUCUGAAGGGGGUUCCAGGUUGCACGGUAAGAUGUAUAGAAUUAUUAUCUUGUUUAUUAAACAGAAGUGGCAUCAUUAGAGAGGUGUGAUGUUCUAUUUUAUGAUUCCUAUCUGAUCAGAUCUGACUUUUCCUGUAGGGCUUCAGAGGACUAGAUGGAGAGAAAGGAGAUAGUGGACCCAAAGGAGACAGGGUAAGGACUUGAUUAUUGGUUUGGAAAGCCUUCUCUUGGAAGCAGUAGUAAAUGAAUCAUGACGGUCACAAAGGUCAUGUUCAUGAAGCUCUUGUAACAUGUUUUUUUCUGAAGAACAUCAAUCUGCAUAUCAUAUGGUGUUUUGAUACCAUUAGUAUUUAUUUCCUCAGAGUUCUGUUGGUGCGUCAGGGAUCCAAGGCAGUCAGGGUAAGAGGGGUCAGAGUGGCCUCUCAGGGCUUCCUGGUCUCAGAGGUCAUGCUGGUCCCCAAGGCAUCCAGGUAAACAUCAGGAUCACACCUGCAAUUCACAGCCUUUAUUAACAUAAUACAACUCUGCCUAUCCUCCUACUGUACCUCAAUUUGCUGUUACAUACUGAUGCAGGGUGAAGACGGAGAGAUCGGCCUCCAGGGAGGUGUUGGAAAGGAAGGGUCAAAGGUAAGGAGAGUUUAUUGCAGUCUGGAGGAGUGAUUACAACAAACUAGACUUAGAAUGACUUUUCCUGAGGGAACUUCAUUUCUCGAGGGAACAACUAGAGCUGUGCUGUUAGAUCUCUCCUCUGUUCUAGUCUACAUGCACCUGCAUUAAAUGAGCCAAUAUUGUAUGGUCAGCUUCCCAAAGAUAAUAGCUGUAUUUAGUCAUAUAGAGUUUGAAUACUGUACAAUACUGACUGAGAUUUUGAUGCACAACCAAGCUAUGUCAUGUCAUUUUCUUAUACAUUGGCAUCACAUGUCAUAUCAUACAGACUGAUAAUCUUGAUUUUGAAUGUCUCUCUUUGUUUGCUCCUAAGGGCCACAGGGAGCUCCAGGCCACAAUGGGAAGUCAGGACCUAAAGGACCCAGGGUAACUGUCUCCUGUGUCAUCUAAUACAGGGGUUUUCAAACUUUUCUUGCCCAGGGACGCCCCCCAAGCCAAACCGGCGACCCAGGGACCCCCAUUAUAUGUUAGAAAAAAAGAAAAAUCAUGUGUUCUCUUAUAAUCAGGUGAAUGAUAAAGGUAAGUAGAAGUAAUCAACAUUUUAAAAAUGAAUAGUUUCGACAGUUUCAUUAUUUUGACCUCCCCACAGUCCAUUGACAGAGGAAGUGUAAACUCUAACAUAGUCUAUUAGCUAGAAAGAUAUCUUGGUGGUGUUUUUUUCCAUUGAGCUGAAAGAAAAUGUUGCCGUUUUGAAGCUAAUUUCCAGCAAUUCUACACAGUUUGGUAUGGCUAGUGCUGUGUUCCUCUGCUCAGACAUUAUAACAAAACCAAUGGGCAUGUGCCCUGAAUGCCUGUUUUUUAAAAUAAAAACCAAACUAAUAAAAUAUAUACAGUGGGGAAAAAAGGUAUUUAGUCAGCCACCAAUUGUGCAAGUUCUCCCACUUAAAAAGAUGAGAGAGGCCUGUAAUUUUCAUCAUAGGUACACGUCAACUAUGACAGACAAAAUGAGAAUUUUUUUCCAGAAAAUCACAUUGUAGGAUUUUUAAUGAAUUUAUUUGCAAAUUAUGGUGGAAAAUAAGUAUUUGGUCAAUAACAAAAGUUUCUCAAUACUUGUUAUAUACCCUUUGUUGGCAAUGACACAGGUCAAACGUUUUCUGUAAGUCUUCACAAGGUUUUCACACACUGUUGCUGGUAUUUUGGCCCAUUCCUCCAUGCAGAUCUCCUCUAGAGCAGUGAUGUUUUGGGGCUGUCGCUGGGCAACACAGACUUUCAACUCCCUCCAAAGAUUUUCUAUGCGGUUGAGAUCUGGAGACUGGCUAGGCCACUCCAGGACCUUGAAAUGCUUCUUACGAAGCCACUCCUUCGUUGCCCGGGCGGUGUGUUUGGGAUCAUUGUCAUGCUGAAAGACCCAGCCACGUUUUAUCUUCAAUGCCCUUGCUGAUGGAAGGAGGUUUUCACUCAAAAUCUCACGAUACAUGGCUCCAUUCAUUCUUUCCUUUACACGGAUCAGUCGUCCUGGUCCCUUUGCAGAAAAACAGCCCCAAAGCAUGAUGUUUCCACCCCCAUGCUUCACAGUAGGUAUGGUGUUCUUUGGAUGCAACUCAGCAUUCUUUGUCCUCCAAACACGACGAGUUGAGUUUUUACCAAAAAGUUAUAUUUUGGUUUCAUCUGACCAUAUGACAUUCUCCCAAUCCUCUUCUGGAUCAUCCAAAUGCACUCUAGCAAACUUCAGACGGGCCUGGACAUGUACUGGCUUAAGCAGGGGGACACGUCUGGCACUGCAGGAUUUGAGUCCCUGGCGGCGUAGUGUGUUACUGAUGGUAGGCUUUGUUACUUUGGUCCCAGCUCUCUGCAGGUCAUUCACUAGGUCCCCCCGUGUGGUUCUGGGAUUUUUUCUCACCGUUCUUGUGAUCAUUUUGACCCCACGGGGUGAGAUCUUGCGUGGAGCCCCAGAUCAAGGGAGAUUAUCAGUGGUCUUGUAUGUCUUCCAUUUCCUAACAAUUGCUCCCACAGUUGAUUUCUUCAAACCAAGCUGCUUACCUAUUGCAGAUUCAGUCUUCCCAGCCUGGUGCAGGUCUACAAUUUUGUUUCUGGUGUCCUUUGACAGCUCUUUGGUCUUGGCCAUAGUGGAGUUUGGAGUGUGACUGUUUGAGGUUUUGGACAGGUGUCUUUUAUACUGAUAACAAGUUCAAACAGGUGCCAUUAAUACAGGUAACGAGUGGAGGACAGAGGAGCCUCUUAAAGAAGAAGUUACAGGUCUGUGAGAGCCAGAAAUCUUGCUUGUUCGUUGGUGACCAAAUACUUAUUUUCCACCAUAAUUUGCAAAUAAAUUCAUUAAAAAUCCUACAAUGUGAUUUUCAGGAUUUUUUUUCUCAAUUUGUCUGUCAUAGUUGACGUGUACCUAUGAUGAAAAUUACAGGCCUCUCUCAUCUUUUUAAGUGGGAGAACUUGCACAAUUGGUGGCUGACUAAAUACUUUUUUUCCCCACUGUAGUUCAAUAUCUUUUCUGCAUGCUUUCUAUCUGGUUUGGUCGUGUAGCCCUUUAAACUCGUACCGGUAUACGGGUUGAAAAUGGCAUAUUUAGGCACUGAUAAGCACCUAAAUUAGAACACAGUAGCUGUACAGUGGCAUGCUAUAAAUGACGUCAGAGCUCAGACUCUGUGCUUCACUGUGCUGUAUAGGUUUUGACUGAAAGACAUUCUGAACUUGAACACUGCAUGCAACAAGUAGUUGCAUCCAUCCCUCCCCCUAAUUGGGCAAAUUUGGCAAAUUUUUUGUUGUCUGAGUGAGGAAAAUGCUGUAAAUUAAAGGGGACUAGUGUCACGCCCUGGCCUUGAGAGCCCUGGUUGUCUUUAGUUGGUUUGGUCAGGGUGUGAAUUUCUAUGUGUAUAUCUAGUUUUGUAUUUCUAUGUUGGCCGGGUGUGGUUCCCAAUCAGAGGCAGCUGUCAAUCGUUGUCUCUGAUUGGGGAUCAUACUUAGGCAGCCAUUUUGCCUACCUUAGUUGUGGGAUCUUGUUUGUGUUCCUGUUAGGCUUGUUGUGUGUAUAGCCCAUAGGACUUCACAUUUUCGUUGUUUUGUUAUUUUGUCAAGUGUUUAUUCGUAUUAAUAAAUAUGUACGCAUAUCACGCUGCACCUUGGUCUGACCCGUCUCUCAACGAAUGUGACAACUAGAUAUAUUUUGAAAGAUGAGACGUUGAGAAUUAUAAUAAAUAUCACUUUGAUGUCAUACAAGCAAGCCAAACACCCAUGAGUCCAAAUGUGCACUUCACAUUUCCAAUCAUAAAACUCAUUUCAUAUACCGUGUCAACGUUUAUGCUCACUAUGUUUGAUGUACAGUUACAAGAUGACAUGGCAUCAUAACCUGAGUUGUUCUGAACAGAAUGAGCCUGUGUUUGUCUAUUGUGAAGAAAAUUCGCUGCGGAACACGCACCUGAAUGCAUGCAUGACUCCAUUCUAUGCGCACCAAAAUUACGAUCUGUUUCUCUUAAUUGCCCUGUGAAAGUCUAACACUGUAAGAUCACAUUUUAUAACUUUGCUAGUCAUGUUGGCAAUAGAACAAGCUUUCAAAUGCUGCCCACCUGACCCAGAAUACGAUUUAUAAUGGAUGGUUUUUGGAUUGCGUAAACAACAACAGUAAUUGUGUGAUGACGGGGAUGCAGGGUUGUGUUCCAAACAAAACAACUACAAGUGUGCUUGCUCUAAUUCCUCAAUGGCACAGCUAGGAGAGCUCUAAAAUUCACCUUAUAGAUGAAGACUCUUCUUUGAGCCAUAAAAGUGCAUUGAAAUUACUUAGAAACUGUGCACACUUUGGAGAGGUGUGUGGCCACUUGGAGACACCAGUUAGUCCUCUCACUCAAACCCUUGUCAUUUUUUGUCUUAUGUUGCACCUACCCCACAUUUUCCAGGAAAAAUCUUAUGUUACUGAAUGCAUCCAGAGUAUUUUAAGAUUUCGUUAUCAACAAAUACGGCAAAAAGUACAGUAAAUGUAAAAUCUAAAACGCACAUAAAAUCAAGUGUAAUGUUUGGAUUCAGUCUUGUGUCAGGUGAACUGUUGUGUCAGUCUUGUGUCAGGUGAAAGUUGUAUCCACGAUGGUAUUCUGUUACAGCUAGCGAUAUUCAUAAAAUAUAUAUAUUUUAAAAAACAAUUUAUAAUAAUUUGCAGACCCCCUGCGCCGCAGACUCUCGUUUGAAAACCCCUGAUCUAAUAGAUCAUCUUUGUAGAUAAAGGACUAUACCAUCUGCUGAAGGAUGUUGUUGGGAGAUUCAUCACAUUCUCCCUCUGAUGUCUUCUAUUUCCAGGGUCGUACUGGACAGCCUGGUCUUUUUGGUAUACCUGGAAUCCCGGUAAGGGAAGAGUACUCAUUCUCAUAUGAAUAUUACCUAACAGACAAACCUUGAUGGAUACUGUAGCUAUAGUAACAAUCAGCUCUCCUUGCUGUGUGUUUAUGUGUGCCAGACGUGUUUGUGUCUAUGUCUGUGUGUUCUGUUGCAGGGUUUUAGAGGCCACAUUGGGACUGAGGGAGCAGAAGGAAAGCCUGGUACACAGGUUCCCAUUUUAUAGCUUUUCAUAUUUUAAUAUCACUUAUCAUGAUUUUCAACUGACUCCUUAAUUGUCUAGUGUGUAUUUCCACUUUAGUUCCUUGAACAGGUACUAACUCAGUUACUUCAACCAACCAAUAAAUAGCCUAAAAACAAAUACAUGUGUGUGUACAAAUGAAUGUAUGACAUGAUAAAAGAGAAUAGUGUAAUGUGUAAUUGACAGGGUGCUCCUGGCUCUGCUGGCAUUCCUGGAUCUAAAGGAGACAGAGUGAGUCAUAUUCCUGUAACCAAUCAGCUCUAAACAAGUAGAGGUCAACAGUAAAAAGGAUAAAAACACAAAAGGCUCAAUCAUCACUGAACUCUCAUAAACCUGAGCAAUAAAGAGAGGAAGUGUGAGUUGUUGGUUGGUUAGAAAAUAUAUCAGAUUAUCCUUAGACAGAUGUAAUCGCCUGCCUGUGGACCUGUGGUGGCUAGUGCUGUUACAGCUCUCCUAUUUAUAGGAGCACGUAAAUGUCAGUCAAGACGAGAUUGGGUACCAGUAAAAGGUUUUCAAAGCCCUGAGAAUCCCCAGGGGUUUGUAGGCUGAGUCAGUCCGUGUCCUUGUAAGACACAUUCAGCAUUGCGCAGCCAAGGAUGAGCUGAGGUCAUCAACACUGCUUUGUAAGGUCUUGAUCUGUGAUGCUGCUAGGGCACAUUGCAUUAGGGUGUUGAUUUGUUGCUACAGGGUUGUAAAUUCAACAGUCAAUGUGUGUUUAACCUCCCUUGUCUCUGUCAUAAAUCCAGGGAUUCUCAGGUCUGGGGGCAGAGCCAGGACGAGCAGGUCCCCCAGGUGCUCCUGUAUGUCCAACAAAAAAUAUAAUUGUUGAAUCUGCACAUUCUGUCACCGCCCUCAACUCCUACUCAUUCUUACCUUCUGUUUGUAACUAUUUCGUGAUUUUAACAGGGUCCUCCAGGAAAGUCUGGACAAGAUGGCAGUCCUGGGCCACAUGGUGAUAGGGUGAGUACUGUAGGCCAAAAGCCUCUGUCUCAAAACGAAAUAUGACCUACAUUUCUCAAUGUUAAUGAGUCUCUCUCUGUUAUCUAGGGCUUCACAGGGAAUGUUGGCAUGGAGGGUCCCCAGGGGCCAGUGGGCAUGUAUGUAAGUGUUACCAGUCCACCCCCAAAAGGUGUUUGAGUGGGCUAGUGGGAUUACCAGCCUACAUUUCAUUUAUCUUAAUGUUUUAGAAAAUUAUUUUGUAUAAUACCGCUGUGAGUUCAUGCUCUAUAAGUGUUACUGUAAUCUUUUCUUUUUCAAAGCAAAGUGUAAAAGAUAGAUGUUUAAACCAAUUAUUAUCAUAAUCUUAGUGUAGUGGUACCUACUGUUGCCAACAACUAACUUUUUGUGGACCGAUUGUAACUGUGGAAACCCAUUCCUUGUACAGGGUUAUCCAGGAGCAGUGGGUUUAACUGGGAGACCUGGUCAUUUUGGAGAGAGGGUAAGAACCCCUACAGUCCUAUAGAAUGUUAGCAUUGGUAUGUUAGUAACAACGGUUGUUCGUUUGCAUGAAUGCCACCUGCCUGUCUUUCUACCUCAAGGGAGACCCUGGUGUGAGAGGCUCCGCUGGUAUACCUGGGAAGAGUGGACCACUGGUUAGUACACUGUACUGACACUUACAUUAUGGAGAGAAUAGUCUAAACUGAUAUUGGUGUAAAUUGAUACACAGUUGAUGAUUUUGAGCUGUCUAACAGGGAUUGAAGGCACCUCAUGGGGAGAGAGGGCCAACUGGACCUCAGGUGAGGAAACAUCAGUCCUUCAAAGCUCUUCACUCAUUUGAAGUUUCAGACAUACUGGCUGAGUCGUUCUUCUAGGUAUACAACCUGACUCAAUUGUGAGUCAAUUGUGAUUUCUCUAGUUUGUCUUCCUUAGGGCCGUCAAGGAGAGACUGGACCCAGUGGCAUACAGGGAUCACCUGUGAGUAGCACUUUUAAAUCAUGUCAUUGUCCUCGGCAGGUAGCCUGGCGGUUAGAGCGUUGGGCCAGUAACCGAAAGGUCACUGGUUUGAAUACCUGAGCCAAUAAGGUGAAAAACCUGUCGAUUUGCCCUUGAGCAAGGCACUUAACCUUAAUUUGCUCCAGGGGCGCCAUACUACUAUGGCUGACCCUGUAAAACAACACAUUUCACUGCACCUAUCUGGUGUAUGUGUGCUUAGAUAGCACUUUGACAACUAUAUGAUGAUUUGGUCAUUUUAAGUGUUUACCACAGAAGUUGAUGGGGUGUAACUGGUUUUAGGGUCAUCCAGGCCUCCCAGGGCUAGAGGGCAGGACAGGGAAGCCAGGCCCUUCAGGAAGCCAGGGGCCUCUGGGGCCACAGGGGUCAGCCGGGCCCAUCGGGUUUCCAGUGAGUGGGUACUUUUCAACGUUCUCCUUGUUUCAUCCCAAUGAAAAAUGUAUAAUUGACAGGCCUAACUGAAUUAUUCAAUGUUGAUUAUAUAUUUUUAUGAACAUCACAGAGAUUAAACUGUAUUAUCAAUGUACAGUCACUUUUGAGUCUGGUAAUGUAUUUUAUUUACUGUAUCCAGGGCACUCCUGGGAUGGAUGGAGUGAUGGGGCAGGUUGGAGAAAAAGGAGAGCAGGUGAGUGCAAUGCCAGCCCUAGCUCUUGUCGUUUUUCUGUUUUUCAAUGAUAGAUUGAAAGGAAUAGAGCAUGAAUCAUGACAGUCAGUAUUGCAUUGAGUGAUGCACUGUUGUGUCUGUUUAGGGAGCAGCAGGGCCUGUUGGGGACAGUGGGCCAUCUGGACUGGACGAACAGCAGGUGGGCAGUGGAUCUGGGUGUCUGUUCUUAGAUGUACCCAUCCACCUUCAAUAUGACUGGUGUUGUGUGCUCUUGUUUCCAUGGUGGUAAGUGUGGCAUAUCAUACAAUGCCUUUGCAAUAGCAAUUGUACUAUCAUGGCUGACAUUGAUGACCCUGUUCUGUAUUCUCCUGCCCCCCAGGGUCCCCCAGGAACAGUUGGUGAGGAGGGGCUGUCUGGGAAAAAGGUGGAACUGGUCAAUAGCUGGGUUUCAUCCCUUUUUCACUAGUUCUGUUAAAAUGUGUUAAUAAGAUCCCUUCCUACUCUAUCCCUAACACUCUGACUCCGUCUCUGUUGCUGUGAGGCAGGGUGCUCCAGGUCCCUUUGGAAAGCCAGGGCCCAAGGGACUCCAGGGAGAGCCAGGGCCACAGGGCUCCCCGGGGCUGCAGGGGGAGCCUGGGCCAAGGGGCAAAGAGGUCAGCUGUAUUACCCUCUUUACCAAGCUCAUCUACAGGCACAGGCUGCCAUGAUCAGGUUGGAAUGUGGUUUCAUGGUUUUCUGUGAUUGUCUGUUGCAGGGAGAGAUGGGAGGUUUCGGCAACAGAGGAGAUCCUGGUCCUAAAGGACUAAAGGUAAUGGAAUGAACAGAAUAUACAUAUAUGCUUAAUGUGCGGUUCUAUAUGUACUGCCUGUUAAGAUUUUCUGAAGCCUUCAAAAACAUUUUAUUGCUCCCAAAUCCCAUUUAAUAUCUUCUAAGUUGUUGUAUUUCCUCUCCAGGGGGCAAUAGGACCUCGUGGAUUCCCAGGGUUAGAGGGGCCCUCAGAAGUUCUUGGGGACAAUGGGAAAAGAGGAGUGAAAGGAAGGAAGGGCCACGUAGGACUACGAGUGAGUGACUAAUGAAGUGUAUUCUAUCCUAAUAAUUGAUGAUUUACUGAUAUACAGUAGGUGAUAUAGUAGAUGAUCUAUGUGAUAUGUUGAUUUGGCACUACAGCAGUGUUCGGUUUCUGUUCAUCAGGGCCAGGUGGGGUUGAUGGGGGAAGCUGGACCGUCAGGCUAUUCUGGAUUGGAAGUAGGUUUGAAGUAGACUGGGAUGCAUUAAAGGGAAAACUCACAAUGUUUGGAAAACUGUUAUUACUCAGUACUCGCAAUGUCUGUAAUGGCUUUGUAGAAUACUCUGUCAACCUGUUAUUGUUACAGGGUGUUCAAGGUCCUUUUGGAUUGGCUGGGGCUGAUGGACCACAAGGGCAGAAGGUAUGAUGUAACCAUGUCGUUAUCAUGGUGAUGAUAUCAUGCUGUAGCUGGACAAUAACAUGAAGUUUCCAAUUUCUCUAGGGGGACAAAGGCCCUUAUGGUGCGGUUGGGGAUUCUGGAAACUCAGGCCUUAAGGUACGUAUUGCCAGUAUUUUAUUUUUUAUGUUGUAUUCAUGUAUGAAUUACAGAAAGCUAUGUAACACACAUACUGUAGGUUUUAUUGGUUUUAGUGAGCUGUUGUCUUCUAAUGACAGGGGGUGUCAGGGAGCAGAGGAUCGAAUGGUGAUAUGGGGAAAUCUGGACCAAAGGUAGUAUAUCCAAAUCCUAUUGCAAUUUAUCUUGAUAAGAUUGCAAAUCUAAACCUCACGCACAGCAUCCUUGAUUGCACAUAUACACUACCGGUCAAAAGUUUUAGAACACCUACUCAUUCAAAGGUUUUUCUUUAUUUUUACUAUUUUCUACAUUGUAGAAUAAUAGUGAAGAUAUCAAAACUAUGAAAUAACACAUAUGGAAUCAUGUAGUAACCAAAAAAGUGUUAAACAAAUCAAAAUAUAUUUGAUAUAGCCACCCUUUGCCUUGAUGACAGCUUUGCACACUCUUGGCAUUCUCUCAACCAGCUUCACCUGGAAUGCUUUUCCAACAGUCUUGAAGGAUUUCCCACAUAUGCUGAGCACUUGCUGGCUGCUUUUCCUUCACUCUGCGGUCGGACUCAUCCCAAACCAUCUCAAUUUGGUUGAGGUCGGGGGAUUGUGGAGGUCAGGCCAUCUGAUGCAGCACUCCAUCACUCUCCUUCUUGGUAAAAUAGCCCUAACACAGCCUGGAGGUGUGUUGGGUCAUUGUCCUGUUGAAAAACAAAUGAUAGUCCCACUAAGACCAAACCAGAUGGGAUGGCGUAUCGCUGCAGAAUGCUGUGGUAGCCAUGCUGGUUAAGUGUGCCUUGAAUUCUAAAUAAAUCACAGACAGUGUCACCAGCAAAGCACCCCCACACCAUAACACCUCCUCCUCCAUGCUUUACGGUGGGAAAUAUACAUGCGGAGAUCAUCCGUUCACCCACACCGCGUCUCACAAAAACAUUUCCACCAGUCUGAUGUCCAUUGCUCGUGUUUCUUAGCCCAAGCAAGUCUCUUCUUCUUAUUGGUGUCCUUUAGUAGUGGUUUAUUUGCAGCAAUUCGACCAUGAAGGCCUGAUUCACACAGUCUCUGAACAGUUGAUGUUGAGAUGUCUGUUACUUGAACUCUGUGAAGCAUUUAUUUGGGCUGCAAUUUCUGAGGCUGGUAACUCUAAUGAACUUAUCCUCUGCAGCAAAGGUAACUCUGGGUCUUCCAUUCCUGUGGUGGUCCUCAGUUUCAUCAUAGCGCUUGAUGGUUUUUGCGACUGCACUUGAAGAAACUUUCAAUGUUCUUGAAAUGUUCCGUACUGACUGACCUUCAUGUCUUACAGUAAUGAUGGACUGUCGUUUCUCUUUGCUUAUUUUAGCUGUUCUCACCAUAAUAUGGACUUGGUAUUUUACCAAAUAGGGCUAUCUUCUGUAUACCCCCCUACCUUGUCACAACACAACUGAUUGACUCAAACGCAUUAAGAAGGAAAGAAAUUCCACAAAUUAACUUUUAAGAAGGCACACCUGUUAAUUGAAAUGCAUUCCAGGUGACUACCUCAUGAAGCUGGUAGAGAGAAAGAGUGCGCAAAGCUUUCACCAAGGCAAAGGGUGGCUAUUUGAAGAAUCUAAAAUCUAAAAUAUAUUUGGAUUUGUUUAACACUUUUUUUGGUUACUACAUUACUCCAUAUGUGUUAUUUCAUAGUUUUGAUGUCUUCACUAUUAUUCUACAAUGUAGAAAAUAGUAAAAAUAAAGAAAAACCCUGUUCUAAAACUUUUGACCGGUAGUGUACUUGUAUGUACAUUUUCUGUGAUAACGUUAUCACAUUAUGUCUGUGUAUUCCAGGGCAUGGUGGGAGGCAUGGGGAGACAGGGUGAGAUUGGUCCAAAGGGUUUCUCUGGACAUGAGGGGCCCAAAGGUGAGCCAGGAGAGAAAGGAGAACCAGGAGAGCAGGUGAGUUAGUCAUUACAAUGUAUUUGUCUCUUCAGGAGACCAGCUGUUACAUGAUGUUCAGUAGUAAGUCUGAAUGUCUAUGUUGUGUCCAGGGGCCAGAGGGUCUGCCGGGCAACAGAGGGCCCCAAGCGUCCCCUGGAUUGGAGGUAAGAACACAGAACACAGAGACAAGAGUACUGUAUCUGAAAUAAACAAUACUUCUCUAGCUGUUGGUUGACGUCUUUUGUCCUCAUCUUAACUUUCAGGGUUUGUCUGGUGAAGUGGGGCCUCAGGGAACAGUUGGCCCACCAGGACCUCUGGUCAGUGCUACAAUAAUAUAAUGUCAGAUACAAAAUAUACACAUGCAUUUUCAAAUGUGAUCACCAGAAAGAAAUGUCUAUGGCGUUUUUAGAUAAGUCAGCAUUACCUUUUUUUCUCUUCAGGGACCAAAAGGUCGACCAGGCCCUGAGGGGAGACAAGGCCAGAAAGGUCAAAAGGUCAGGUCAAGCUUCACAAUUCACCUGUCUAUACAUCUACGCAUGUUACACUAUUUAUCCUACUCUGACAUCCUACCUAUAUCAAAUCCAGCUCACAAUCUACACUUACUGUAGCUAUGUGAUUGUAGAUUGCUUUCUUGCUUUUUUUUUUAGGGGUAUGAUGGUCGAAAUGGGUAUCCAGGAAAGAUGGGACACAUUGGGAGGAGGGUCAGAAUGAAACCCUUGCUUAUUCUGCCCUCUCUUUUUCACAUAUUACAAUUUCUCAUUUCAAUUUAUACGGAUCUUGCUUCUUGAUUUUAAAAGCUGUUUUUGUUUCCAUGUAAGGGGAAAAGAGGGAAAGCUGGAAGCAGAGGCUUAAGAGGAGGGAGAGGAGAAAAGGUCAGUAAUCACUAUUGACUGUGAGAAACUGGGGCAUGAUUAUGCACUAGCAAUAACAUACAGUAUAAUGUUUCUUUAACCUUUAAUAAACUGCUAAUGUUUUACAGCGGUGCGAUUUUGUGUAAGGUCAACAGGGUAUAACAUUUUUAACAAGAUUUAACCACCCUGAUUAACUCUUUAAUAUUAUCCCUGUUUACCUAUUUGCUUAUGGUCUUGCCUACGCCUAGCAAACAGUUUUUUAAAUUAUAUGAGAAAAAAUAUUCAAUUUUAUUUGGAACGGCAAGCCAGACAAAAUUAAAUGGGCCUAUUUAUAUAAUGAAUAUGAAUUCGGAGGACAGAAAUUAUUAAAUAUUAAAGAAUUAGACCUAUCACUAAAAGCUUCAGUCAUACAAAAGUUAUACUUCAAUCCGAACUGGUUCUCUAGCAAAUUAGUAAGAUUGUCUCACCCCAUGUUCAAGAAUGGCCUUUUUCCCUUUAUUCAGAUUACAACCUCUCACUUUCAGUUAUUUUAAAAGGAAAUCAUCUCCCAAAUAUCACUAUAUCUAAAACAAGCCAUAGAAAUUUGGUUGCAAUUUCAAUUUAAUCCUCCAGGAACGACAUAACAAAUAAUGCAGCAAAUAUUGUGGUUCAACUCAAAUAUACUAAUUGAUAAAAAAACAUUAUUUUUUGAAAUAAUGUUUAAAAAAUGAAUAAUCUUCGUAAAUGAUAUCAUAGGUAGUACUGGUGGAGUUAUGUCGCACAUGCAGCUAACAAAAACCUAUGGAAAUGUCUGCUCUACCCACAAUUACAACCAAAUAAUUGCAGCAUUACCGCUAAAAUGGAAGAGGAAAGUGGAAGGGGGAAAAAGUAAGGAACUUGUCUGUUGGCCCUGCAUUAAAGAACAUAGUUGGUUAAAGACAGUUGUGAUAAAUAAAAAAGUAUACCAGUUUCAUUUAAGGACCAAAGGAUUGACAGCCGUCCCACAUAGAUUGCAAAAUAGUUGGGAAGAGAUUUUUGACGUACCGAUUCCAUGGCAUAGUGUUUAUAAACUAAUACGCAAAACGAUGCCGGAUUCAAAACUUAUUAUACAAAAUUCUUGCUACCAAUAGAAUGUUAUUUAUAUUGGAGAUACAAUAUUCCCAGCUCUGCAGAUUUUGCUUCGAAGAGACAGAAUCAUUAGAUCAUUUGUUGCUUGUUUUUGGUUACAGGAUUGCAAUAUUUACCUGUAGUUAACCCUGCAGAUAGCACUACUGGGUGAUCUGAAAAGUCAUAGUCAAUCGAUCAAUAAUAUAAUAAUACUUUUAGCAAAAAUGUUUAUUUUCAAUGUACAAUCUGUAGAAACAAUGAGAAUAGAAGGGUUCAGAACUUUUGUGAAACAUCACAGUACAGUAAAAAAAUAUAUGGCAAAUAGAAAUCCAAUAUGGAUGGUGUUAAGAGAAAGAUGGGAGGUGUUGAAUGGAGUUGAAGGAUGGGACUAAUAACUAACAACAACUAAUAACAACAAGAUAACUAAUGUAAAGCAUACUGUGUCCAUAAUAAGUAUAUAGGUUAUAGGUUGAGAGGUUUUGUGAAAGAGCACAGUUAGAAAGAUAUGGCAUAUAGAAGCAAACCGGAUGGACAUCAUGAAAAUUAUCGGAGAGGUUGAGGGUAGAGGAAGUUCAGGAGUAAAAACAAACAAAAUAUAAUUAUUGUAAAAUUGACAGUGUCCAUAAAAUGUAUAUAGUAUUUAUAAGCUGGAAGUAGAGGCCUAAGCGUUGUUUUUCACUAGUUUACUCCAAUUAGGGGAGGGGUGGUGGGGUUGGAGGGUAAUAAAGGGAAAUAUAUUUGGAAAAAGGAUAUGUGUAUUUAUAUGUGUGUGUGUAUGUAUGUAUGUGUAUAUGUAUGUAUACACUACCGUUCAAAAGUUUGGGGUCACUUAGAAAUGUCCUUGUUUUCGAAAGAAAAUAAAUUUUUCGUCCAUCAAAAUAACAUCAAAUUGAUCAGAAAUACAGUGUAGACAUUGUUAAUGUUGUAAAUGGCUAUUGUAGCUGGAAACGGCUGAUUUUUAAUGGAAUAUCUACAUAGGCGUACAGAGGCCCAUUAUCAGCAACCAUCAGUCCUGUGUUCCAAUGGCACGUUGUGUUUGCUAAUCCAAGUUUAUCAUUUUAAAAGGCUAAUUGAUCAUUAGAAACACUUUUGCAUUUAUGUUAGCACAGCUGAAAACUGUUGCGCUGGUUAAAGAAGCAAUAAAACUGGCCUUCUUGAGACUAGUUGAGUAUCUGUAGCAUCAGCAUUAGUGGGUGCUCCAGAUACUCAACUAGUCUCAAGAAGGCCAGUUUUAUUGCUUCUUUAAUCAGCACAACAGUUUUCAGCUGUGCUAACAUAAUUGCAAAGGGUUAUCUAAUGAUCAAUAAGCCUUUUUAAAUGAAAAACUUGGAUUAGCAAACACAACGUGCCAUUGGAACACAGGACUGAUGGUUGCUGAUAAUGGGCCUCUGUACGCCUAUGUAGAUAUUCCAUUAAAAAUCAGCCGUUUCCAGCUACAAUAGCCAUUUACAACAUUAACAAUGUCUACACUGUAUUUCUGAUCAAUUUGAUGUAAUUUUAUUGAACAAAAAAAUGGCCUUUCUUUCGAAAACAAGGACAUUUCUAAGUGACACCAAACUUUUGAACGGUAGUGUAUGCGAGGGAAAAAAACAUAUGGGGGAUUGGAAAUGAUGCAGACAAUUACAGUGAUGGAAGUUACAAUCUAUCUGCAAUAUUAAAGCUGAUCUACCCCCUAAAAAAUAAAAAAUAAAAAACAUUUUACCUUUUCUUUGGCCUACAGGGAAAGAGGGGAGAUUUUAGUUCAACCGGGCCUCCAGGAAGACAAGGGCCUUACGUAGGUUAUUUUUAGUAAUCAUAUAAUUUGAUCUGUUUUGGAAAUGCUGUGUGCUCUUUUCAAUGCCAGGUGGUUAACUGUACAACUCAAUCACUGUGUCCCCAAAACUCAGGAAAUAACUACCCUUGUUUCUAUAUAUUUUUCUUUCUUUCUCUGUCUCUCAAAGGGGACACCUGGCAUACAAGGAGAGAAGGGUGAAAUGGGUGAACCAGGAGUAGAGGUAAGACCUUGAAUGAAGCCUCAACAGGGUGACCAUAUGAUUCAAGAAGUACAGCACUUUGAACCAUACUUGGCCUAGAAGCUCAUUAAAUGUGAGACUAAUGUCUUUCCCCUGAACUUGCAGGGAGAGAAGGGGAAGAUGGGACUAACAGGCCCUCCUGGAGGUCAGGGGUUGAAGGUACCUUCAUUUAUCCCAAGAAGCGUAUUACACAUGAGUCAGAUGUACUGUGCGUGAAUUGAUCUAUUUAGAGUCACUAUAGAUACAUUUUGCCUCCAUCAUUCCCAUGUUCAUAUCCCUAUACAUUUCCUGUAUUCAAUGAUGGACACAGCUCCAUGAUGUAUUGAGUCAGUUGAGUGUCUGUUUCAGGGGACACAAGGCCCUUUGGGAGAGCCAGGGAGCGAUGGCCUAAAAGGAGAACAGGUGAGAUGUACUUUCUAGUAUCUGUCUGUCUAUUUGGUCUUCCUCUGAAAGCUUGACUCAGUGUUUUCUGUUAAGUAUGUAACGUUAAUCGUGGCAUUGCUAUUGAGUUGUAUUGACUGUGAUUUAUGUGUUCUGUCUUUGUAGGGAUACAUUGGUCCUCAUGGGGGAUGGGGGAUCCCAGGUCUACCUGGACUGCCUGUAAAUUGUCCUUUUUCAGUGAUAUGCUAUUGCUAUUUCCCUUACAUUUCUGAAAAUAUAGUAGGCUUUUUAUACAGAGAAUAAUUAAAUUCUAAUGUGUUUUAUUUUCUCUUUCUAUAGGGUUUGUUUGGAGAAAAGGUAUAUUACUUUAAAUACAAAUAACCACAUUUGUUCAGUUUUUUAUGCAUACCUUUGUGUUCUGUACAUGUAUUAUUUGGAGAUUGGUGGAUUGACUGAGGGCACUGACUAUUUACCUAAAUAUCAGGGUCUAAAAGGAUUUGCCGGAAAAUCAGGUCCUGUUGGAGUGAGAGGCCUGCCUGUGAGUAUGAUCUUCCUCACAUCACACCACAUUACCAGCUGUGUUACAUCUAUUUAAUGAAAUAUAAAUUAUUCCUGACCCAAUCUACAUUUUACGUUACAUUUUAGUCAUUUAGUAGACACGCUUAUCCAGAUCGACUUACAGUUGCAUUCAUCUUAAGAUAGCUAGGUGAGACGACCACAUAUCACAGUCAUAUCAAGGUUCAGAGAGGGGCAGGGACUCUGCUGUCCUAGCAUCAGGGUAAGCUGGUUCCACCAUUGGGGUGCCAGGACAGAGAAGAGCUUUGACUGGGCUGAGUGGGAGCUGACCUCUUGUGGCAGAAUGGAGUGCUCACGUUGGGAUGUAGGGUUUGAGCAUAGCCUGAAGGUAGGAAGCAUCCCGGGGCAAUGAGUUUAACUUUUAUAUUGUGCUUGUUUUUCCUUGUUUGUGUCAGGGCCCCCCUGGCCCCCCUGGCCCCCCUGGAACCUCUCUGAAUCUUACUCUGGCACAGCUCAAGGUAAGUCGUUGGUAAUCUAUUAAAGCAAAUCGAAAUACUUCAUUUCAGUUUGGAACUCUCUUGAAUUUUGAAACUCUAAUGCAAUUUUGGCCAAUUCAGCCAUGACUAUUUAUUUUACAACACCUCCUUGUUCUGCCCCCUGCCUGACCAGGACCUCAUGUACUUGUCAGACAAGCCCAACUACCUCCUGAUCCAGACUCUGCUGGAUUCAUUGCACCAGGACCUGCGCUUGUUCAUAGAUCCACCAGAUGGCACCAAAGAACACCCGGCUACCACCUGCUUGGAGCUCUGGCUGUCCCAGCCCAACUUCACUAACGGUAUGGGCUUCUUCCACAGGAAGCAAUGUUCCCUCUCAGCUGCGUGCAUGCACGGGCUCGCUGUAGCCCGGGACUGCCACGCAGCUCCCAAUGGACUGCUGUGAGAAUAAAUAUUAGCCCACAGAAGACAUACCAGCCCACGGAGAGAGGCAGUAGAUUGAACUUCACUCAACUUUCUAGAGUUUUCUCUGUUAGUUAACACUAUCAAUGUUUCCCUUUACUGUGGCAAUUGUGAUCAAAUCAAUGCAAUAUUGCCACUUUCAAUUCAACAUACCGAAACAAAACGAACUAUGCAAGAGAUUUUGUUGUAGGCACAACACAUCGGAGUAGGAUUCUAUUGCACACGACUCAGCCCGUACUCUACACAGACUGUUGCGGCAUAAACAAUCAGAGCUGCAGUAGGCCUAUACGCAAAUAGACUAUUGCCAUAUAUGGAUAUGUGCCAUUUACUUUGAACUGGACUGUGUUUACAGCUGUGGUCAUGAGUAGAUGAGCUUGUUUUGAGAUCAAAGCAAGAGCUGCAUGUAGCCACAUGUGCACAUUUUGUUCAUAUCCUUUGCUAGUUAGUGAGUUAUUAGCCCAGUUAUAGAGAAUUUGUAGUCAGCAAUAGGGGAGUGGUUACUUCCUAAAAGAGCACAAAACCUGUAAAUUUCUAGACAUGUUUAAUAAGCAGGUAAUUAGCUUUUUUUUGGUCUUAAAUAGGCAGUGUUGUAUUUUGAGACAGGCUUGAAUAAGCUAAGUAGCCAAUAUGCAGAGGGUAGCAUAAUUUGUCUGAUUCUCUGUAAUAAUGGUAUGGGAAUGAUAAUGCAUUUUAUUUUGUAAAGUGAUUCUUGCAUCAAACAACACAACAAGUUCAGUGGAUAAACAGGUUAAUGUCAAGCCCUGCAUGUUUUUUUCAAAAGUCUCAUGGAAUGUAGGCCUACAUUGAACACCACACGUUGGCUGUUACUGUAGGCUGAAUGAUAGAACAGCUAUUUCUUUGUUAAAAUGUUAUGAGAUGCAUUUUAUCCAUUGUUUUUGAUGGUAGGCCUACAUUAUGAUCAAAUAGCCACAUUAGCCUACUUGGCCACUGUUAAAACUGUAAUAUAAAGCGGCUAUAGCCUCAGUGUUCACAGUAAAUGCGCACUGGAAGUUGCACAGAAUUUUCACAACGCUAAAGUUUGCGCUCAGCAGACAUACCUAAAAUCUGCUCAGUGCCGAAAAAAAUGAGAGGAAUCAUUGACCGGAACUACAUUGAUUUCAUUAUUUUCAUCACAAUGUGACACCUUCUCCAUUUAUAUUCUAACAGCAUUUUAAAUGUACAAUAUGUUUAUGUUUAAUGGAUUUGUGUGGGAGCAGUUGUACUGUACAACAGCAGAGAGAUUGAACCCUGCUCAGGUUCUGACAUAAAGGUUGAUCCAUGUUCCAGGGAUGUUUUACAUUGAUCCUAACCAGGGCAGCCCAGCUGAUGCCCUCCUGGUCUACUGUGACUUCACUGCAGCACCAAAGACCUGUCUGUCUCCACUCCAUCCUCAGGUACUUCCACACACACCCCUGGCUCUGGGACCCUCUCAACUAUAGAUCUUAUAUAAUGUGGUAAUAACAUAUGCUAUAUGUGUGUAUGAAAUGAAAUACGUUCAAACUUCAGGUGCCAAUGAAGGCAUGGCUGAAGGAUUCUGGGACAAAUAACUCAUUUCAUUGGUUGAGUUCAAUGGAAAAAGGCUUUCAGGUGAGGCUCAAAUCCAACCUUGAUUCUGUAUUGCUCCCAUGUCCCUGGUUUGAUUUUAGUUUUGAAAACACAUCUUCCUUCCAUUCUCUCUCCCAGUUUGAGUAUCCAGGACCGGAUGUGGUGCAGAUGAGGUUCCUUAGGUUAAACAGCAGGCUCACCAGUCAGAACAUUACCUACUCCUGCCAGCUUGGGAACAGACAGGGACCAGGGGAAAGAGAGGUGAAGUUCAUGGCAGACACACGAAGACAAAGUUACCUGGGGACAUUACGAGAUUGUGUGGUAUGUUUUCAGACUAUAAUGAUUACCAUGUACUGUAUUAGAUGAUGGUGAUGAUGAUGAUAAUGAUGAUGAUGAUGAAGAGGAGGCUGUUGAGGUAUGGUGAAGAAAGAGUCACUUCAAUGCUUGUAAUGUACUUUGUGUUUCCUUCUUGGCAGUCAUCUGAGGAGCUGGAUUCCGGAGACCGUCGUGAGUCAGGGUUUCAGUUUGAGAGUGAGGACCUUGAUCUGCUUCCCCUGAGAGAUCUGGCAGUGUUCGGAAGCAGUGACCUCACGCAGGAGUUUGGAUUCACUGUCGGGCCUGUGUGCUUCAGCUAA